CUCUGAUGGUCCCUAGGUUAUAAAUGUAACAGGCAUCUCUGUUGGAUUUGGGUUGUCUUCAGCUUGCGAUACGUUAAUAUCACAGACGUAUGGAGGGAAGAAUAUGAAAAGGGUGGGCACCAUCCUGCAACGGGGGAUCCUCAUUCUGCUUCUCUGCUGCUUCCCCUGCUGGGCUGUCUUCGUCAACACAGAGCAGCUCCUCCUACUCAUCCGACAGGACCCAGAUGUCUCCAGGCUCACACAGGUUUACGUCAUGAUCUUCAUCCCAGCGCUUCCCGCGACGUUUAUUUACCAGAUCCAGAUGAGGUACCUGCAGAAUCAGAGGAUCAUCUGGCCUGAGGUUCUGUGCGGCAUUGCUGGAAACAUCGUCAAUCUGAUUGCAAAUUAUGUCUUCCUCUACCAGCUUCACAUGGGGGUUAGGGGCUCUGCCUGGGCCAACACCAUCGCACAAUAUUCGCAAGCCAUUGCCCUCUUCCUGUACAUCAAAUGGAAAAAGCUUCACGCUGAAACUUGGGGAGGAUGGUCCACCGAAUGCCUCCAGGAAUGGGACGUGUUUAUGGCCUUAGCUGUUCCCAGCAUGCUCAUGACCUGCAUUGAAUGGUGGACCUUCGAAAUCGGAAGUUUUAUGAUAGGUCUCCUCGGUGUCCUAGAGCUGUCGUGCCAAUCCAUCAUUUACGAAGUGGCCACAAUCGCCUACAUGAUUCCGUUUGGGAUCAGCGCAUCUGUUAGCGUUCCUGGUGGGGAACGCCUUAGGGGCUGGGAACUUCGAGGAAGCCGGAAAUCCUUCGUGGUCUCCAUUUUGUGCACAGCCAUUUUGUGA